UGUUACUUUGCCCCCAUGAAAAUACCUUCAUACGCCAUGGCCUUGGGUCACCAGGCAAGUAUCGAGCGCCGGAACGUAGCGAUAAGAAUAUGCCGGCACUAACUCGAAUAACUCCCGCGAUUGCAUACAUCCCCAGCAGUGCGUCUCAGGCUGCUCCUGCCAGCACAACAUGGUGCCUUUGAUUUUCUAUCUUUUUGUCUCUAUAUCGUCUAUAAUUCCCUCUAUUUCUACCAUCCUAGCUGUGCAAGUUCAUCCAGAUGCCCGCGCAGUCACCUCUGCUGCUACCUGCGUUGAUGGUUACUUAUGGAUGAACGACGCUCAAGGUUACUCGCCUUGUCUUACAGUUGCUUAUGUUGGGGGUGCAUGUAUUGGGAACGUCUAUAACCAAUUGCCCCUGACGGUCGGCAAUUCGUACACCUUGCCAAAUUCUUCGAACGCAGAUGCAUGUUAUUGUUCUUGGUCGUCCUAUAAUCUUCUGAUGGCGUGCACCCUCUGUCAAGGGCCUAAUUUCACCAACUCCGUCUGGACAUGGGCUCGCUGGGCAUCUGGGUGCACUACCAACUCAUCAUGGACACAAGAAUAUUUCCCUUCUGGAGGAUAUGAGCUUGCCGGAAAUGCGUCAAUACCUUACUGGGCUACUACAAAUCCAACGACCUGGACAUAUGCGACGUUUAAUAUUCAAGAUGCGAACGCUACUUAUCAACAGAGCGGUUCAAGUUCAAGCUCAAAAUCAAUAGACGUGGGUGUCAUAGUUGGAGGCGCAGCUGCACUGUUGCUCGUUGCCAUCGGUGCCUAUCUAUUGUACAGACGUCACGUAUACAAGAAAGGAGCUUACGCCGCAAUCAUCAACCAAAAAGGGACGGCAUCCCACAACCUCGAUCUGUUCGAUUCAUCCAACCUUGCACCAUCAACAUUUGGCCCUGCUGUAUUAUAUGGGCAGUCCUUGUCCUCGUCGCAGCAGUAUUCCCCGCAGCAGUAUUCCCCACAGCCCCAGAGAGCAUAUCCCUCCCUGCAAAGUUCAUUCUCACCUCCUCCGUGGACAGACACAUUUGUCUACACCACACAUACUAGUAGCGGACAACCUUCCGAAGCCAUACCAAUGAUUUAAAGUAAUGUGUUUCUGAUACCCUGGAAUGUCGGACACGCGCGCAUUCUGCUCUGUAGACUUAUUGUAUCUUAUCCUUCGCGAUAUUACUCAUCUUGCUAUGACAGGCCAGGCGGAGAUCCCGGAUUUUCUGCCUCCGUAUUUAGUCAGUGCAUCCUGUCUUCCCCAUCGUCUUGUGAUAAUUCUGUCAUUAUCAAAAUAACAAUGUUUUUAUUGAAACCAAGUAGGAUGUGAGCAUGCUUCCGGCGUUCUU